AUGGCGUCCCGGGGCGCCGAGCCGGGUGGCGGGGUCCCCCGCGUCCCCGGCGGGUGCAGGUUGAAAAACUGGGUGGCGGGGAGGGGGCGGAGGGUGUCGCGCCCCAGCUCCUCCGCCCAGGGCUGCGUCGGGCGGGCCCGGGCGCCUCCCCUCGGUCCAAAUGGCCGGCCUGGUCCGGCCCCGCCCAGCGCGGCCCUCCUUGGGCACAGCCCCGAGACCCCCUGGGCCCCGGGGCAGGACAGAGCGGGUGCCGAGAGGCCGGCCCAGGCCCUGCUCCCGCCUUCACCGCAGCCCCCCCGGAAGAAGCCCCUCCCGGGCCUGGGGGAGCCGGGCGGUCAGCUCGGGUGGAGCCCCGUCUCCUGCAGUGGCCCUUCCCGGCCCGGCGCCCUGGCCGGCGGCGACCACCCGGCCCCUGCAGCCCCCGGGGGUCAGGGCUCCUGCCGCCGCCGCAACGUGCUGACCGAGAGGGAGCGCAGGAAGCGGAUCUCGGCGAGCUGCGAGCGGCUGCGGGCCCUGUUGCCCCGUUUUGAUGGCCGGCGGGAGGACAUGGCCUCGGUCCUGGAGAUGGCCGUGCAGUUCCUGCAGCUUUCCCACGCCCUCGUCCCCAGCGAGGAGCAGCCCGUGAUUCUUGUUCCUGCCAAAGAUGUGGGUCAGAAGCGGCCAAAGCCCAGCCGGCAGUCGGCCCUGGGGGGUCUGAGGCCAGCGGGUGCGCUGGGCCCAGGGUCCGGAGUGUUGGCUCUGAUGGCGCAACAGGACACCCCCAGGUGUGCAUCCGCAGGUGAGGACAAGAGCGAGGGCCCCUCGGGGCUGGCGGAGGUGCUGGGCGGCCGGCUGGCCCCACCUGGGCCAUCCAGCUUGGCCCCUGUGCCCUCGGACCUGCGUUUCUCCAGGGCCCCAGAAGCCCGGGCACCGACACCUCUGCCCCGCUGGCCCACCCUCUCACAGCGGCCGGCCUCCCCGCCGGCGAGUCCCGAGGCCCAGAGCUGGCCAGGCCAGGCGGGAUCCCCGGGCAGGGGACCUGCACCUCUUGGGGGGCCGGCCGAGGAGGCAGAUGGGGACACGGUGCCUGUGCUGGAUGGCAGGCCUGCCUCGCGAGCCCCUGUGGACGAUGAUACACCCUUCCUGCUGACCGCUGGGCCUGACUGGUGGCUGGGGUCCCUGGAGGGCCGAGGGGGCGGCGUCCCCUCCCCCCCGGCGGGCAGGAGCAGCCCCCUGGAGCGGGCGGAGCCGGCCUUCCCGGCGGACCCCGAGCCCGGCUUCCAGGAGCUCCAGGACAGCCUCCUGGCGCAGUGGGGCUCGGACCUGGGCUGCUCGGGGCUGGCGCUGCGCGAGGAGGCGGACGGCAGCUUCCCCGACUUCUUCGCCUGCUGCCUGUGA